UUGUUGCAUAUCUUAUAAUCGAUGACCAUAAUUAAACUUGAGUUCAUUGUAUAUUCUAGUCCAUAAUAUUUUUCCUGACUUGAAUAAUAUUUUGAUACGUGGCUCAUCAAGUGCAGGAAAAUCUCAGUCGGAGCUAUGUGGUUUAUUGCAGUUAUUGCCAUUUUGCCACUCCUUUUAUGUGGUGAAGGCCAACAAGUGAAAACACCUCACGCAAUUGUUGCUAAAGAUGGCUCAGGGAAUUACACCACAAUAACGGAUGCCAUAAUUUCAGCACCAAACAAUAGUCUAAAUAAAUACUACAUCAUAAUUAAGCAAGGGACGUAUUAUGAAUAUAUUCAAGUAGAUAAAUGGAAGACAAACAUAGUCCUAAUCGGUGAAGGCAUGGAUAAUACCAUAAUUUCAGGGAAUAAGAGUUACGGUGGCGAUGGCAUCAAGACAAGUCUCACUGCUACUGUGGGUGUCAAUGGAAAGGGCUUCAUGGCCCAAGAUAUCACAUUUAGGAACAAUGCUAGACGAGAGAACCAACAAGCAGUAGCAUUAAGAGCAGAAGCUGAAUAUCUCACUUUCUAUAGGUGUCGUUUCGAUGGCUUUCAAGACACCUUAUACACAAAAAAGGGCCUACAAUUUUAUAGGGAUUGUGAAAUAUUUGGCACCAUAGAUUUCAUCUGUGGUGAUGCAACCGCGGUGUUUCAGAACUGCUUAAUUGAAGCACGCCUGCCGCUACCCAAUCAAUAUAAUACAAUCACAGCCCAACGUAGAAGAUUUGUAAACAACACAACGGGAGUAGUGCUGCAAAACUGCACACUAAAAGCAACUCAAGAGUUGGAGAAAAUGGGCAAUGUUACCACAUAUUUAGGUCGACCAUGGGGUGAUUUCUCUAGAACAGUGGUCAUGCAAAGUUACAUUGACAAUUUUAUCAAUCCAAAAGGAUGGAUUGAAUUUAUAACCAGGCCGUUAGUUCAACCAUACUAUCUUGAGUAUGAGAAUAGAGGACCUGGCGCAAUUAGAAAGGGACGAGUGAAGUGGGCGUCUGCCACUAGAAAUUCAGAGAUUGCAUCAAAUUUCACGGUCAAACAUUUCAUAAAAGGUGACAAAUGGAUUCCUGCCGAUGUUCCGCAUUAUUUAGAUCUUUAGGAAUAGAGUUUGUGUAAUACCCAUGCAAGUUCCACUAGUUAUCAGAAUGCAAAUAUAGUUUAUAUGUAUUGUAAAUGCAAAAUUUUUGCAUUUUUAAAUAAAAAAUACCAUAAUAUUUUCCUUA